AUGAUGACAUUGGCUAACAUUAACCUUAAGAAUAGCAGUCAUCCCAGUGAUGUGAUUGAUCCAAAAAAUGAUCACAUUUAUCAGGGUCAUGUUGAUAAUACGAAUAUUUGCAAUGGUAACGCUAGUGUUGAGUGCAGUCAAAACGGAGAGCUGCAAAUGGAAGGUGUACUGAUAGAGAGUGGUACGAAGUUAUUGUUGAAACAACACCGCAACAAUAAACAAUUACGAACCUCCGAAUGGCCAAUCAGACGUCUGCAGAAACCACACUUGAAAGAACUGGAAGAGUUAUGCAAAGACGCAUUCCCGAUCAAAUAUCCCCAUUGCUGGUAUGAGGAGGUGCUGAAUGGUAAAUUCAUCACCUUUGGUAUCUUUCAUAAUAAUUACCUGGUGGCAGUUCUAGUUGCUGAAUUGAAAUUGCUGAAUCAGUGCAAUGCUGAGGACAAGGACCUUUUAUCUGAUGGCUAUCUUCCGGUGGUAUACAUUUUGAGUUUAGCCGUACGUUACGGCUUCAGAAGACUCGGAUUGGCGUCACGUUUGCUCGAGUUUCUGCUCUCGAACGUCAUUCAGAAGGCACCGUUCCCAAAAGCGGUCUACCUCCACGUUCUCUCAACCAAUUAUGGUGCUAUUAACCUGUAUAAACGUUAUGGCUUUAGACAUCAUGCCACUUUGAUGUUCGUUUCUUUCUUCUUCAUUUCUCACUUACGAAUAACCGCUCAACUCGCUCACAAUCGGCAAUCGCUUCAGCGUUCAAUUCCGUUUUGA